UUCCAAACACUUUCACGAGGCCAUUAAUUAUUUUAUUAGUUACUACUACAAAAGUAAGUGGAACCCCCGCCUAUCCCAUCCAUGGAGAUGAUGCAGGCAAUGCCAACAUUUGCUUCUCUCUUGCUGUUUUGCAUCCAUUUCACCUCCAUUCUUGCUCAGUCCCCUGCACCGGCUCCUGCACCGCCAGUACCGGUUCCAGCACCCCCAGCACCGAUUCUAAUACCCCCAGCAGCGGCUCCUGCACCCACAGGCCCGACCAAUAUCACUGCAAUCCUCGAAAAAGCCGGUGGGUUUUCUGCAUUUAUUCGCCUUCUGAAAAGCACCCAAUCUGCAGAUCGAAUCAACAUGCAGCUCAACAAGUCCGAGCAAGGCCUUACCAUCUUUGCCCCAGAUGAUUCUGCAUUUGCAAAACUCAAAGCAGGCAGCCUGAACUCUUACUCUAACGAGCAGCAAUCCCAAUUGAUACAGUCCCAUGUCCUUCCUUCUUUUAUGUCCGUCCAACAAUUCCAAACCGCGAGCAAUCCAUUGAGCACACAAGCUGGUGGAACUAACUACGGCCAGUUUCCGCUCAAUGUGACCACAUCAGCAGCUUCAGUGAACCUAACCACAGGUUUUGCCAGUGCAUCAGUUGUUGGCACAGUGUACACUGAUAACCAGCUUGCUGUGUAUCAGGUGGAUCGAGUACUUCUUCCACAAAGGUUCUUCGUUGCUCCACCUCCAUCUCCGCCUCCAGCACCAGCUCCAGCACCUUCAAAACCCAAGAAGGCUCAAUCCACUGCAAAGCCCGUUGAAUCUUCAGGUGCAAUUAGUCUAAUCCAUGAAGGCUUGCUUCAAGCUUCCUACGCAUUUGCACUUCUGGCAGCAUCUUGGUUAAUCGGAUGAGCGGAUGAGGACCUGAUGUUGAUGGAAGCCUGUGUGCCAGCGUGUUGUUACUUUGGUUGUUUUUCUUGUCUUUUCAUUUCCUAUUGCCAAUUUAUUCUUUUGCAAUAUGUAUAUGAAUUUGCUGUUUUGAAGGCUUUGUUAUA